AUGCUUCGGCGUCUUGGCCAAAAGAACUAUCGAGCUGAAAGUCCAAAUAUGGUAUCUAAUGGAUCACCGUCCAUGUCACUGCGUAGCGAUAUUACGUUCAAUAUGGAUUAUUCAGCGGACGAGUCUUCAUCAGAACCCACUUGCGAUAUGAGUAUUGCAACAAGCGCUGAGCUGAAUGAGACUUGCGAUUCGUUGAAAGAUCAUCGUAUCGUCGAGAAAGCCGAAAUUGCCAUGAUUGAAGCAGAAAUUUGCAGAAAGUUAAAUACCAUCGUCAAUCUCAUACACGAGUUCUCCACGGAUGCUUUGGGUCUUCGUGAAAGCGCAGACGAUCUUUUGGAUGAAUUACGGACAAAGAUUCGACCUUAUCUCAUAAAUCUGGAUAUCGAUAUGUCUUCAGCAGAAAGCGUUCUACGCUACAAUAUUGAUCGAGCAAAUAUUAGCGAAUCACGAAUUGACUGGUUACUUACCUAUACAAAAUAUCAGAAAGAGAUGCGACGAGUACUAAACGAACUUGCCACCUCCGUCUGUGAAGAUCUUGAAGACAGUCUUGAACUACGGCAAAGAGGAUGCAUAGCACGUCGUCCAUGUUCGGAAACAAUCGACAAUUUGCAAGAAAUGAGGCGAGGCAUGCAACGAGCCGUGGGGUUACUAUGCAGUGGGCCCCGCUCUGCUGCUUGA